AUGUUCAGCUUCCAUGUUGAUAGCUUCAGACCUUGGAAAGGCCCCGCCCCCACCAAUACAAGCACAUCCACCUCCCAGAGCCCCAAAAGAUCCCCUGUCCCUGCUGCUGUCAAUACUAUUCCUGCAACCGAUCCAAGGCCCUUCAGUCACUGCCGCGAGAAAGGCUUGCCAACUCCCCCAAAUCAACCAAGCAAACAUCCACUUCCCGCUCGUCCACCAGCUGAAGUGUGUGCUCAUGCCAACAUGCGCUCUAGCACCAUACCUUAUUCUCAUUUUCAACGUCUCUCAAGUCCUCAACCUGCUUUCAAGGUUGAGGAUACGGUUCAGCCUACCUCCACAGAGCUUCACGUCUCAUCUCCGACAUCUCUCCAUCCCUCGGCUGCUACAGAUUGCUCGAAAGGGGAUAGCGAAUCCCAGCCCGAAAUUCGAGCAGACAUACUCCGAGAUGGCAUCCUCGCAGGUGAUACGCACAAUGGCUGCAUGGGUGUUUACGAUGAGGGCUCUAAAACCCUCGACGCACCGAACACUUUGCCGGUUGACUUUGAAGAAACCAUGUUCGAUGAAGAUUUCAUGGAGACCGGUCAGCCACGUCAGACUACCAACGGUACUUAUCUGUUCACUAUGGAUGAGUUACAAGCCGAUUCGCCUUAUGUCGACGUUUCGCUGGAUUCACCACCCCUACGUGAUCAUAAACAGGAUUUCGGCGAAUCGCCUCUUAACGGUUAUGACACGAACUGUCUGGCUGGAUCUUUUCGGAAUCAAAGCACACAUCAGAAUCCCACUCCACAUGACUAUGAGAUUAUCGCGAGACAAAACGGCAGCGAGGAAGCCGGCGGUUGUAGCGAGAAAUCGACAACCUGCAAGCGAAUUUCUGUUGAAGUUGAGUCGGAAAGGCUACCGCCCAAACGUCUCAAAACGGACCAAUGCUCAAGAUCUCCCAGUCCUGGCACCGUGGAUAGUCCCCUUGAAGACUUUUCAACCCAUUUCGAUGCCACAAACAUGAUUCCCAUCAACUCAGCGAUCAUCUCGCCCGAUGAAUAUCAUCAAGGAGCUAAUAAUACAUCUCAAGUCAUCCAGCUUGCUAAUACCGGCACAAGCGAUCAAGGGGCAUUCCGUAUCCGUCGCAGUUGUCCACUCAACCUACGAUCUGCACAAACCCAUUCCGUGAGUGCCGAUGAAAACGGUGUCAAGCAGAAACUCAGACGGAGUGUUCGCCAAAAACCUCAAGUCGCGGUGGAAUCGGAUGGUCCAGAUAGUAUCCCAACAAAACCUACUCUGUCAAACUCCGACAAGCCACCGGCCCAGCGGAUUAAACCAAGAAAGUCAAGAUGGCGACCUGCCAAGAAGACAUCAAUCGCGAAGGCUACACCACGCGAUAAUGAAUACAAAUUCACGUCCCUCCGGUCGCUCUUCCUGUCGACGCCGUUCGACAUGCGUUUGCAAUUUAUCUCGUGGCUGUUCGAGGCUGUGCUACCUCGCUGCAUGCACGAUUCCAAGGCUGUCACCAACAGUCCAUCUCAGGUGUGCAAUGCGGGUGGUGAAGAGGAAUGGGAGGUUGAGGAGGUAGUAGCCUCGCGAGUUUUUCGCGGGAGGCUCCAGUACCAAGUACGGUGGAAAGUAUGUGAACCUGACGAGACUUGGUAUCCAGCACAUGGUCUCAAAGGUGCUCCAUACAAGGUGCGAGACUUUCACGCCACAUGUCCGCAUCAACCUGGGCCCCCAGUGCAUUUAGAUCUGUUAAUUAGAAAUAUCGAAAUCACUUCACAACCCAACUUCGUUUUCUCACAUCCCAUAGGAGUCCGAUCAAAUGUCGUGCCAUACUAA